CACACACACACACACACACACACACGCACACACACACACACACAACCCCGCUGCGAUGUCCCUGCUGUGUGUCAGAGUGAAGAAAGCCAAACUCCACGGGCCUCCAGACAAGUUCAACGCCUACGUAACUUUAAAGGUGCAGAAUGUGAAGAGCACCACCAUCACCGUCCGAGGGGACCAGCCAUGUUGGGAGCAAGACUUCAUGUUCGAGAUCAACCACCUGGAGUCGGGUCUGGUGGUGGAGCUGUGGAACAAAGGUUUGAUCUGGGACACCAUGAUCGGCACGGCACUGAUACCCCUGGACACCAUCGGGCAGUCUGACGAGGAGGGACCAGGAAAGUGGGCGUCGCUCGACUCCGAGGUGUUAAUGAGGGAGGAUGAGAUCUGUGGUACCUCCAACCCAACGCCACACCAAGUGCUGCUGGACACCCGCUUUGAGCUGCCCUUUGAUAUUCCAGAAGACGAGGCUCAAUACUGGACCGGUAAACUGGACCGGAUCAACACCAUGCGGAUACAUGACGAGUAUCCACUGCAGGAAGAGGUCCAGAGAGGUCGAAUGGCAUCUGCACCUUCUCAGUGCUCUUUCGAUGACCACGACAGUGCGGUGGAUGACCGCGACAGUGAUUACCGCAGUGAAACUGGCAACAGACCUCCACGGUUCCACAGCACCUCCCAGACGAAUUCAUCGGUGCACCAGUACCCCAUAGGGCGCAGGGCCCAACGUCAAACCCUGUCCAGGGAGGCCGACUCCAUACAAAGCUACGAGCUGGACUACAGAAAAACACGGGGGCCCAGUCCACCGGACAGCAGUCGCUUUGAUUCAUCGGGCAACCUCAGCCCGGCCAGCUCCCAGCUCAGCUCUGAGGCGGAGGAGCGGCGAGAUCCAGAGACCCGCCACGCCAGCGCCCUGCGUCGCCCUCUCAAAAGCCAGAAGUCAACCUGGGACGAAGAAGAGGAGGAGGUUGAGAAAGAACUGAAUCCACUACCGGAGCCUGGUUCAAACAAAGAUUUUAAAGACUCUUCGGUCAUCUUGCCCAAACCAAUUUUGGACAACUGUGAUAACAAGACUCAGACCAAAAUCAGUUUCUUCGAGGAUGGCCCUCCACCAUGCUCUCCAUCCAAAGUUCGCUGGUUGAAAGCAUACAACAGAGUGAGAGUGCAGCUCCUUGAGAGCCAAGAUCAAGAUGGCGACCCAAGCAAGCACCCGUGGGCCAAGCCAGGGGGGAAUGCGCCGUUUGGCAUCGACAGCAUGCCAGACCUCCGCAAAAGGAGACCCAUUCCUCUUGUUAGUGAAUUGGCUAUGACUAUGAUACAGUCCAGGAAAGCUGGACUCGCCCACACACUGGCCACACGGACCUCGCUGAAAGACGAAGAGCUUAAAAACCACGUGUACAAGAAGACCCUGCAGUCUCUGAUCUACCCCAUCUCCUGCACCACGCCGCACAACUUCGAGGUGUGGACCGCCACGACGCCCACCUACUGCUACGAGUGCGAGGGUCUGCUGUGGGGCAUCGCCCGGCAGGGCAUGCGCUGCGCCGAGUGCGGGGUCAAAGUGCACGAGAAAUGCCAAGAGCUGCUGAACGCCGACUGCCUGCAGAGAGCGGCGGAGAAGAGCUCCAAGACGGGGGCGGAGGACCGGACGCAGCACAUCAUCAUGGCCAUGAAGGACAGGAUGAAGAUCCGCGAGAGGAACAAGCCGGAGAUCUUCGAGGAGAUCCGGAAGGUGUUCGCCGUCGCCAAGGCGAUCCACGUUCAGCACAUGAAGACCAUCAAGCAGAGCGUCCUGGACGGCACCUCCAAGUGGUCGGCCAAGAUCACCAUCAACGUCGUCAGUGCGCAGGGUCUCCAGGCCAAGGACCGAACGGGCUCCAGCGACCCGUACGUCACCAUCCAAGUCGGGAAGACCAAGAAGAGAACCAAGACCAUCUACGGGAACCUGAACCCGGUCUGGGAGGAGAAGUUCAGCUUCGAGUGCCACAACUCGUCGGACCGCAUCAAGCUGCGCGUCUGGGACGAGGACGACGACAUCAAGUCGCGAGUGAAGCAGCGUCUGAAGAGGGAGUCGGACGACUUCCUGGGCCAGAGCAUCAUCGAGGUCCGGACUCUGAGCGGAGAGAUGGACGUCUGGUACAACCUGGAAAAGAGAACAGACAAGUCGGCGGUGUCCGGUGCCAUUCGACUUCAGAUCAGCGUGGAGAUCGAGGGGGAGGAGAAGGUGGCACCCUACCACGUACAGUACACCUGCCUUCAUGAGAACAUGUUCCACUUCUCGACGGACGUGGAGGGCGGCGGCGUGGUGAAGAUCCCGGCGGCUCAGGGAGACGACGCCUGGAAGGUCUACUACGACGAGGUGCAGCAGGACAUCGUGGACGAGUUCGCCAUGCGCUACGGCAUCGAGUCCAUCUACCAGGCCAUGACCCAUUUCUCUUGCCUGUCCUCUAAGUACAUGCUGUCGGGGGUGCCGGCCGUGAUGAGCACCCUGCUGGCCAACAUCAACGCCUUCUACGCCCACCCGACCGCCUCCACCAACGUCUCCGCUCCGGCUAGAUUCGCAGCCUCCAACUUCGGGAGGGAUCGCUUCGUGAAGCUCUUGGACCAGCUGCACAACUCCCUGCGUAUCGACCUCUCCAUGUACAGAAACAACUUCCCGGCCAGCAGCAAGCCCCGCCUCCAUGACCUCAAGUCAACGGUGGAUCUUCUCACCAGCAUCACCUUCUUCAGGAUGAAGGUCUUGGAGCUGCAGAGUCCCCCCAGGGCCGCCAACGUGGUGCGGGACUGCGUGAAGGCCUGCCUGAACUCCACCUACGAGUACAUCUUCAACAACUGUCUGGAGCUCUUCAACCGGCAGUUCCAACCCAAAGAGGAGAACCAGCAGGAGGAGCAGGGCCCGAGCAUCCAGAAUCUGGACUUCUGGCCCAAACUCAUCACGCUCAUUGUCUCCAUCGUCGAGGAGGACAAGAACUCGUACACGGCCGUCAUCAACCAGUUUCCUCAGGAACUCGACGUGGGGAAGGUCAGCGCGGAGGUCAUGUGGAGGCUGUUCGCUCAGGACAUGAAGUACGCUCUGGAGGAACACGAGAAGCACAGGCUGUGUAAGACUGCCGACUACAUGAACCUGCACUUCAAGGUCAAGUGGCUUUACAACGAGUAUCUUAAGGACCUGCCCGCCUUCACCGACACUGUGCCUGAGUACCCCGUGUGGUUCCUGCAGUUCGUCCUGGCCUGGCUGGCUGAGAACGAGGAGGUGUCGAUGGAGUUCAUGCACGGGGCGCUGGAGAGAGACAAGAGAGAAGGGUUCCAGCAGACGUCGGAGCACGCCCUGUUCUCCAGCUCCGUGGUGGACAUCUUCACUCAGCUCAACCAGAGCUUCGAGAUCAUCAAGAAGCUGGACUGCCCCGACCCCGCCGUGGUGGCCCAUUACAACCGGCGCUUCGCCAAGACCAUCACCAAAGUGCUGCUGCAGUACUGUGCCCUGCUGGCCAAGAGCUUCCCCUCCUACUGCGAGAAGGAGAAGAUCCCCUGUGUGCUGAUGAACAACAUCCAGCAGAUGAGGGUCCUGUUGGAGAAGAUGUUCGAGUCGAUGGGAGCAAAACAGCUGGAUGUCGAGGCCGCUGACAUCCUCAAUGAGCUGCAGGUGAAGCUCAACUCCUUCCUGGACAACUUCACCAUUGUGUUUGCCAAGAGUUUCCAGACCCGUAUAAACUCCUGCAUGCGUCAGAUGGCUGAGAUGCUCUACCAGAUCAAAGGCCCGCCCAACCACAGCACGGCCGAGGCCGACGCCGACAACACGCUGAGGCCCCUCAUGGAGUUCCUGGAUGGGAAUCUCAGUGUCUUCGCUGACAUCUGUGAGAAGACGGUGCUGAAGAGGAUCCUGAAGGAUCUGUGGAAGAUCGUCCUGAGCAGCCUGGAGAAGACCAUCGUGCUGCCUCAGAGCAACGACAGCCUGGGGGCCCAGCUCCUCACAGCAGCUAAAGGACUGUCGAAUCUCAAGGGGGGCGGGGAAGCCAAGACGCUGACGCCCAAGCAGUGCAUCAUCAUCGACGCCGGGCUGGAGACCAUCAAGCAAUACUUCCACGCCGGAGGAAACGGGCUGAAGAAGGCGUUCGUGGAGAAAAGUCCCGAACUGGCGUCGCUGCGUUACGCCCUCUCCCUGUACUCGCAGAGCACCGACGCUCUCAUCAAGACCUUCGUCACCACGCAGCACGCCCAAGUGCAUGAUGGGAUGGGCAUCAGAAUCACCGGCAGUGAGAAGAUUCGACCUGAUCGGGGCCCGGGCGUGGAGAAGCCCAUCGGAGAGGCCGUCCUGCAGAUCGACAUGAUGCUCGGGAAGGAACGCAAAGUCAGCGUCAGAGUCAUCGCAGUGAACGACAUGAAGUGGCAGACGUCGGGGAUGUUCCGGCCUUUCGUCGACGUCUCCAUGGUCGGCCCCUUCCUGGCCGACAAGAAGCGCAAGUUCACCACCAAGUCCAAGAACAACAGCUGGUCGGCGAAGUUCAACGAGGCCUUCCAGUUUGUCCUGGGUAAGGAAUCCCCAGACUGCUACGAGCUCCAGGUGACGGUGAAGGAUUACUGUUUCGGCCGGGCGGACCGCGUGGUGGGCGUGGCCGUGGUUCAGCUGCGCGACGUCGCCGACCGCAAGAGCUGCGUGUGCUGGUGUCCGCUCGGGCCGCGCGUUCAGACCGACGAGACGGGCCUGACGGUGAUGCGCAUCCUGUCCCAGCGGCCCGCCGACGAGGUGGCCAAGGAGGUCGUCAAGCUGAAGGCUGAGACGCGCCCCGUGGAGGAGGGCAGAUGAGCGGGGGCGACGCCGAGACUCCCACAUCGGAGAUUUUGUUCGGGGAAAAAAAAAAGAAAAACGUGGCGGCGCUUCAGAGUCGCUCAUCCCCCCGUGAACAAUGGCCUCCGAAUGCCUCCGACGGGGGGAGGAGAGCCUCCGGAAGAGACGCAGCGGACACGAGCGAAGCUGCCUGCUCAGAAACAAAAAGGGUUUCAUUACAAGAAGCUUGAAGACAACUACCACGACCAAUAUCUUAACUUUCAAGCGACUAAAAGGGUUCGAACCACCGACUCAGAGCUUCAGUUCACGGGAGAGAAAAACUCUGGGGCUCUUCUUCACCUGCUGAUGGUGAUGACGAACUAUUUUGGGGGUCGUCUGUAGCAAACUUCACCUGUCGGCCGUCGGAGCAGCUGUUUACCAAACGUACAUUUCACUGGAGUGGAAACCGAAUGAACGUGAGCAGUUAAUCCGGACUGUUCAUCAUAAAUAAUCAUAACCUGAGAGUGAGAGUGAGCUGGUGGAAGCAACGCUUGUACUGGUUGAGCCUCUGAGGCCUUUUGGACCGCUAACACACAUCGGUGCCACUGUUGACUCUGGUAUCAGACACUGUUCCCCACCCCAAAACAUUAGAUUUGACAUUGAACCAGCUGAGUAGUGUCACACAAAAACUCAUUAAAAUGAACUCAGCAUGAGUUCAAGUGUUCUAGAAUCAGUUCAGCAGGUAGUUCAUGGAGAAAACAUUUAAUUUUUUUUAAUUUCUUGAGCAAAAGAAUAAAGCAGCUUAUGAUUUUUUUUUUUUUUUUUUAAAAGGAUCGUGUGCUCCUCGUGUUUCAUUUAACAUGAUGACACGCAGGGUGUUACAUCCUUUGAUUAAAGCCUUUUUUUCGAACACCCGUAGCACCAGAUGCAGCUUACAGGAAGUCAGAAUAUAAUAAUAAUAUUAAACCAGAGUUUCUAGAGAGUUUGCUCUUGGAAAUCCUCUCAAACGGGUGAUUAACUUUAAUCAUAAAGAGAAAAGAAGCGUGUCGAGGUGCUUCUAAUGCGUCGCCUUUUAGUGAUAAACCACUGUUUAUAUUUUUCCCAGACUGAAUAUUAAAAAAAACCUUGAAAAGCAGGUCACACCGAGACGUGAUUUUAAAUGUCAGUUCUUAUGAGUUACGUUGCCUUAAAAUUUUUUUAAAAAAAAGAACCUUCCUCAGUGGAAUUCAGAGAGACUCAAAAAAAACACGAAUGGCUUCUACGACGUAGCGUUGUUGUUGUUGCUGUUGUUUUCCUGAAGCAUUCUGGGUAUCGUAGUUUUGAAGCGUCAGCUUCUCUGGACCGAGGACAGCUUUUGGAUUCGAGCUCUUCGUUCUUUUUGCCAAGUGUCAAACUGACUGUGGACUCUGUUGACAUGUCGAGCCGCUCCGAGUCAAAUAGAGCCAACACCUUUUGUGUGGGACCAGAAAUAGAACCUUUUAUUUUUUUUGUUGCAGUUUUGAAAUUGGACGACGACCAAAACAAGUCUUUCAGCCUUUGCCGUGCAUGCACAGCUGCAUACUGUACCAAUCAUGUGUUUAUGAAUAUCGAGGGUUGGUGGGUUUUUUGUUUUUUUUGUUGCAUUAUUCGACCUGGAUGGAAAAAUGUACCACGCAGGCACCGGGGUGUCCGAUUCCACUGAAGCGUAACUGGGUUUGAUCCACACUUAUUGUGUGUUUACUACGUGCCAAGGGACGCGAGUGUUCUUCUUCUCUCUUUUGUGUAGUUAGCGGACAGAUGUGGCCGUUGUCCACGUCCCAACUGUCACUGCACGCUUGCCAACGCUAGCUGCACUGUGGCCCCAAACUCAAGAGGUUCUUGGUAGAAUUUAGACAAAGCUAGUUUAGAGUUGUUCCCCUCGGUUCUGCUGCAUUAAACUGAAUCUUUUGUCUGCAGUAUAUAUUUUUUACAGUGGCCACGGCUGUUUGUACUUAGCCUCCGACCAGAGCAUGUAUCUAUUGUACACUAAAGUACUAGGAUUGUGAUCUUUUUCAUGUAUGUACUGUGAAAUAUGAAGAUUGAUCAAAUGUAUGUAAAGCAGUUAUUCUAAUUAUU